AAAUAAAAAUAAUAUUAAUAAAUGUUAUUAAAAAGACACAAUCAAAUUUCUUUUUAAUUAUAAAUGGGGAAUUCGAUUUAUCGACCUGAUCCCGAUUCACCGUGGUCAUAUGUUGUGCUUGUUUGUUCAAUGUUAAAUCACUUCGUAUUAUACGGAACAGGAAUGUCAUUCAGCGUGUUUUUUAAGGCUCUUAUAGAUUCUUUCCAAAGUAGUAGAGCUACAACGGCCUGGUUUAAUAGUAUUCAAUCUGGGGUCUUUAACUUUUCAGGUCCAAUAGUCAGCUUACUACUGAAACGAUACAAUUGGAGGGUAUUGCUUAUUUCUGGAGGUCUCCUUAAUGGACUCGGUCUUUCGCUUUCCUUUUUCGCUAACUCUAUAUAUUUCUUGAACAUAUCAAUAGGAUUCUUAGUGGGAUUUGGAUAUGGAUGCAUGCAUGUAUCAUCCGUAGUUGCCUUGGGGGCCUAUUUUACCCGUCCAGCUGAACGUAGUUUUGCUCAGGGAAUGAAUUUGGCCGGCGGUGGUCUAGGUACCCUUGUAAUGCCGCUUAUAUCUUAUAAAUUGAUAGCUAAAUACGGAUUUAGAGGAGCUUUUCUUAUCAUUGGAGCCCUCAUGUUUCAAACAAUAGUUUUUAGCUGUCUUAUCCUGCCUUUUACCGCUCGUAGUUUACACUCAAUUAAUAAGCCUAAGUCUCCAUCUCGAAAAAAGUUUUUGAGAAACGCGGAUGAUAUGACGGAACCUAAAGUUCUUGAUGGAAUUAAGAGUGGUACCAACGGAACAAAUAUAGUCAAAAUUGCACCCCCGGAAUUGAAUAGCAUAACUGACGAAGCAACGCAGGCAAAUAUAGAUGAAAGCGAUUUAGAGGAUAUUGAUAAAGAUCAGGUGGUAGAUUUGGGUGACACUAACUCAAUAAUAAACCUUUCCAUACCCUUCCCUACUUUGCGCUCGCCACGAUUACUUCUUUACAUGGCCCAAUCAGCUUUUUGGACCGCUUCCGUAUUCAUAGUCGUUCACUUGCUAUUCGAUUUUCUAAUCACUGAUCGGCACCUUCGUCCCCAGGUCCGCGCCGCCUUUCUUUUCACAAUCCUAAUGACCAGCAUGUUCGUGGGCAAUAUAACUGGGGCCCUUUUAGAUACCUGUUUUAUGUUUUGCAAAAAGGGUAAGGGUGGCAAGGAAAGAAUUUCCUCCAGUAUAUGUUCUUCAAAUACUUUCAAUUCUCUUUCGAAACGUUCCACUGAACUCCAACGCCCUAACUUAACUAAGAGCUGGAUAUUCAUUGUCUGCACUUUAAUCCACGGGGCUAUCGCCACGCCUCUUUUUUUGGCCACUCGCAGGUAUGACCUGCUUUGUAUUACGGCGGUGGCCUUCGGAAUCCCUUGCGGAAUUAAAUUAGCCUUAGUUCCUACUAUCUGCGUGGACCUAUUUGGAUUGGCUCAUCUAUCUCAUGUUUAUGGAUAUAGCAUGAUGGCCUCCGGAGUGGGUAUUUUGAUAAGCCCGCCUUUAGGAGGAUAUUUGGUCGAUAAAACCAAGAGUUAUCAUGUUACAUUUGCUCUGAGUGCCAUUUUAUCCGUUAUAUCUGCCAUUUUUUUUACCAUUCUUUUGAUUAUCGCAAGCAAUCAGAGGUCCGUAAGAUAUUUUAAAGUUAGUAUCGUACCAAAUGAUGAUGAAAAUUUUAAAGUUCAAAGAAGUUAUAAUGAUGGUAUAUCACGACAAAGUCAACCUCUCAAUUAGCCACAAUUAGCCUAGACUUAAACUUGAUGGUUAUCGAGCUCUUCAUUUGGAAAUUAUUUAUUUAUAUAUUACACACCUUAUUUUCCUACAUAACAAAUAAUAAUUGAAAACAUGAUUAUCGCCACAAAAUAUUUUUUACAUCAUUAUAGCUA